AUGAUCAACCCGCACAACCCGGAGUUCAUCACCAAGGCGCCCUGGUAUUUGAACCAAGACCGGCCUUCCUUGAGACACCAUCAAGCCUGGAAUGCCAAAGCGCUCGGCACGAAGGAUUGGUACAUUCGAGGCACAAAGGGUGACGUCAAGACGAAGUUCAUCAAGGGCGCCUGCGAAAACUGUGGUGCCACAACUCAUACCAAGAAGGACUGCGUUGAAAGGCCCCGUGCCAUCACGGCCAAGCAGAAUGGCAAGAACCUCAUGCCCGAUGAGUACAUUACGGAGUUGAGUCUCGACUACGAUGGCAAGCGCGACCGAUGGAACGGCUUCCAGCCAGAUGACUAUAAGCAGGUCAUCGAGGAGUGGGAGCGGGUGGAAGCCGAGCGGCGGCGAGUGAAAGCUGCUGAGAUGGAGGAGCGGGCAAAGCUGAAAGAGCGUCUGAAGGCCCAGAAGAAGUUGUUGAAAAAGAAGCGCAAGCAGCGAAGAAGGCAGUUGCGCCGCCAGGCAGAAGGGCGUGACGAUGAAGAUACAGACACUGGAGAUUCUGACACAGGUGACUCAGAUACGGACACCGACACAGACAGUGACAGCGAGGCAUCCGAUGAUGAGGAUCUCGGUGAGAAGCUGAAGGACUUUGAUAAGUCGACGUCCACCGUGGCUGCCAAGGAUGACAAGCUCCGCACCACGACCAGGAAUCUACGAAUCCGAGAGGAUACCGCAAAGUACCUCUUGAAUUUGGAUGUGAACUCGGCCUACUACGAUCCAAAGUCCAGGUCGAUGCGCCAGGAUCCCCUUGCUCACCUGAAGGAUGAGGAGAAGGGAACGGCCUUCCGUGGGGACAAUUUCCUAAGGAUUUCUGGCGACUCCAAGCAGCUCACAGAGCUUAUGUGCUUUGCCUGGGACUCCUACAAGCACGGUGAGAAGAUUCAUGAUACAGCUCAACCGACUCAAGCUCUGAAGAUGUUUGAGGUGUACAAGAAUCGGGCGACAAAUCUCAAGGAGCAGCAGCAAAAGGAGCUUAUGGACAAGUACGGUGGCCAGGAGCACAUGGAAGCGCCCAGGGAGUUGAUCUUCUCCCAGAAUGAGAACUAUGUCGAGUACUCGCGGGAUGGUCGUGUUCUGAAGGGCCACGAGCGGGCGCUCGUCAAGUCCAAGUACGAAGAAGAUGUCCUGGUAGGCAACCAUUCGUCUAUUUGGGGCUCCUGGUAUGAUGCGGCUACUGGAAGGUGGGGCUUUGCCUGCUGCCAUCAGACUAUGAAGAACUCAUACUGUGUGCCCAUCAAGAAGGGCGAUGCCGAGGCUAUCGAAAACGAAGCCCCUGACGCCGAAGAGGGCGUUCCAGCCCUUGAAGGCGGUGUUGAUUUGGGAGGCGGCGUUGGUGACCUUGAUGACAUUGCUGGAGAUUCUCCGGCGGCAGGGAGCCGGGAGGCAGCGUCCAAGCUCAACGAGAAGAGGUCCUCUGCCUUUGGGCAUGUCUUGGAGGAAGUGGAGGACUUGGACGCUAACCGCCUAGCGGAGGCCGUGGAGUCUGCAAAGAAGAAGCAGAAGCUGGAAAGGAAAGAGGCGCGGGAUGGCAAGAGAGGGCUGACCUUGGAUGACGAGAGGAAUCGCCAGUACAAUGCUGCCACUGGUGAAGGCCUUACCGGCGAGAUCAGCCCGGAGGAAUACGAGGCCUACCGUCUCACGAGACAGCGUGCCGACGAUCCCAUGGCGCAGUUCAUGUGA